CAGAAAGAGAUAUUGAAAUCUUCAAGCAGAUGUAAGAUCCGGUUCAGUCUUAGUGUUUUAUGCGUAUUUUAUGACAUUCUCAUACAGAAGGUCUUGCUAGCAGCAAGAGGGUUCAAAGAGCUGUGCCAAGUGAAGACCAUGAAGGGCGGGGUCUGAUUGCGCAAUAGAAUAUGCAUUGGUGAUCAUAGGUACCGUGGUCUAUGUUACAAAAUCUCUCACUGUCAGUCGGGAGCUGAUGGACUCGGAGGAAAUUAUGCUCAAAGUCUAAACGCCUAUCAGAUUUCUUUUGUACUCCAGCUAUUAGAUAGGUAUUAGGUAGGUAUUAGAUAAAGUUUUGUGUUACGUGUGUUUUUGAAAAAAAAGAUAUCAAAGUGGAAUCCCGGAAGAACUAGUUUUGUUGAUUUGGGAUCAAUCAAUGUAUUGAAAUCCGAGAAACGGUACAACUGUACAGAAAACCCAACGACCUUCCCUCUCAACAUCUGCUUGGAGCUAGGAUGUUCUCGUUCACUGGCCCCUGUGUCGAACACUGCCCUGGGAUCGAUGUUGCCAAGCAACAAGGGCCACAGACACAGAUCAACAAGGCAAGAUGGCGGACGCAAUCGAUGACAAACCUCAAACCAAGCGGAUUUUCGUCAAUCAUGUCGAUGCAUACUCUGGGAAGAACCUUUCAAAGUUUCUGUCCGACUGUGUGGUUGGAUCAUCACUCGAGGAAGCUGAGGAGGGAAGUGAAGGUGAGGAGGACAGGGGCAGUGACUACAUCCCUCCCAGCAAGGAGGGCACGUACACAAUCAUCGGGACGUUACAGAACCCUGCAAAUGCAAAGCCAGACUGGGUGAAAGAAGUCGUACAGUAUGCAGCCAAGGAAGAGCUGGCCGACCACCUGAUGGAAUGUGACAUCAUCAUCUAUGACAUCACAGAGGAUCCAGACCAGAUUGAUGAGGCCACAUGGGCCUGCUCAGCUCUCCAUGCUGAGCUGGAACAUUUUGACAAUCCGAAGAUGUUCAUCUUGCUGUCCUCUGUCAUGACGUGGGCCAAGAGUAAACCUUUGGAUCCUGAUGAUCCUGAGAUUCCGUUCACAGAAGAUGACUACAGGAGGAGGAAGCCUCAUCCUAACUUCAAGAACCACAUCAGUGCUGAGAAACUGGUCAUCAAAAAUGGCAAAACAAACAAGGGAAAGUUUGUGACAUACGUUGUGGCAGCAGGACUGGCAUUUGGGAUGGGGGAGAGUAUCUUCCACUUCCUCUUCAAGGCUGCAUGGGAGGGCAAGUCCCCAGCACUACAGGUGUUUGGAACUGGUACCAACAUCGUGCCUACCAUUCACAUAAAAGACCUGGCUGGGGUUCUCCAGAACAUCUGUGACCAGCGCCCCAAGACCCGCUACAUUGUAGCUGUGGAUGACUCACAGAACACCCUGGAAGAGAUUGUCCGGGCCAUCGCCUCAAACCUGGGCAACGGGAAGGUCAAGAAACUCUCCAAGGAAGACUAUGACUUCCUGAAACAUAUCAGCACUCACCUGGGUGAUGGGAAAGUGAAGCAUGUCACCAAGGAGGAGGCACUGCUGAGUAAGGAUCUGGCUCAAGCUGAUUUUGACCAGCUUCUGGUGAAUCUGCGCAUGGAGGCCAUGUUUGUGAAGGAGAGCAUGCGUAUCAUGUGGAUUGCAGAGACGGGCAUGUGUGAGAACAUUGACACUGUCAUCAGGGAGUACAAGCAGUCCCGCGGCCUCCUGCCCAUGCGUGGCUGCAUCAUGGGCCCACCAGCUGUGGGGAAGACAACCAUCGCCAAGAAGCUGUGUGAGCACUACAAACUGCACCACAUCAAGGUCAAGGAUGUCAUUGAUGAGGCUGUGGAGAACUUGAAACGUCUGUCUGCACGAGCUGAUGAAGGAGAGGAGGAAGAGGAUGAUGGGAAGGCCCAAGAAGCACAGGAGUUGCUGGAUGCCAUCCAGGAGUCACGAGAGAACAACAAUGACCGGAUCGAGGACCAGUACAUCAUUCGGUUUUACCGAGAGAAGCUGCGCUCCAUGCCAUGCCAGAAUCAAGGCUUCAUCCUGGAUGGAUUCCCCAAGACUUAUGAGCAAGCUAAAGAACUAUUUGCAGUGGAUGAUGAAGAGGAGGGAGAGGAUGAGGGAGGGAAGGUUCCCAGUUACCACAAGGGCACCAUGCCAGAGGUUGUUAUCUCCUUGGAUGCACCUGAUGACUUCCUGAAGGUGCGUGUGAUGAACCUGCCGGAGGGUCAGGUGGCCGGUACACACAACACGGAGGAGGGGCUGACCAGACGCCUCACCGAGUUCCGCAACAUCAACCGGGAAGACGAGACCAUACUCAACUACUUUGACGAACUUGAGAUUCAUCCAGACCACAUAGAUGUGUCAAAGGAUGUGUCGGAUGACAUGCGCCAGACUGUGGACAAAAUCAUCAAGACCAUGGGGGAGCCCAGAAACUAUGGUCCGACACCUGAGGAGUUGGAAGAGAUGGAGAGGAAGGCGACAGAGGAGCGGUUGAAGCGGGAGGCUCAGGAGCAGGAGGAGCGAGAGAGGAAAGAGGCAGAGGAGGCAGCAGAGAGGGCUCGUCGGCAGGAGGAAUGGGCUGAGCGUCUGGAGGAAGUGCGGCGCCAGGAGCAGGAGGUGUUGGAGGCCCAGUCCACACCUCUCAGGAACUACCUGAUGAAGCACGUCAUGCCAACCCUCACACAGGGCCUGAUCGAGGCCUGCAAGGUCCGGCCUGAUGACCCUGUUGACUUUCUGGCUGAGUAUCUUUUCAAGAGCAAUCCACAAGUCGACUAGAGGACAUUUGACAGGACGUUAGGGGAAGCUGUUUAUCACCAUCAAUAAUACUGCUGUACCACUGCACAAGGAGCAUAGGCAUUUUUAUGACUUCUGUAAUUCUAUUAUAGUACAAAAAUCUUCAAGUUGGUGUAUUUAGAAUUCUACGUCAUGAAAUCUGAGAGGUUUAAAAUGUUUUCUGCAUUUAUCUUGGUUAAUAACAUUUCACAUUUUUGAAGAUUGUGAUGAUUCUUUCUUGUAUAGAAAUACACAUUUAUGUACAUUAUGAUCACUGUACAAAGUUUUUUCAUUCUUCCUACUUCUGUGAUCACAGAAAUGUUAUGGUUAAGUGUUCUAUAUUUUCUUGUUUGAUGGAAAUGCUUUAACAAGUCAAGUUUUUUGCUUUAACAAGUGUGUAUGAGGCAAAUAUCUUUUUACUGUACAUUGAAAAAUAAACUUUGUGCUUAGA